ACAGGAGCUACCGGUACUGCACAGGCGCACACUGGCCAAGUGGAGCUACCGGUACUGCACAGGCGCACUUCCAGUGGGUCGCCAUAUUGUGAGAGAGCGGAAGCUGCCCGGUGUUGCUGUCGUUGUCAUUUCCGGCCUGUUGCUGCCCUCUCUCUCCCUCCCUCCCUUCCCAACACCCCCCCUCCCUUCUCCGUUUAAAGAUGGAGUCUGUGUGUGAGUGAAGCGGCUGAAUGCGGAUUCUGUCCGAGCAGUCAGUCAUGAAGAACCAAUCUACGUAGAAGGCUAGUGCCUCGGAGAGCAACCACAAUGGAAAAAACAUGGAAGUCAUGGACAUAUGCCAGGAGGUGGCUGAUUGCUUUGGUCUCAUGGUCCUGGAGUUUAUGCCGGAUUUCUCUAUUAGCUUUAAUUUUAACCUUUCAUCUAUACGGAGGGAUCCUCUUGCUUCUUUUGAUAUUUGCAUCAGUAGCAGGUAUUUUAUACAAGUUCCAAGAUGUACUCCUCUACUUCCCAGAGCAACCACCCUCCUCACGUUUGUAUAUUCCCAUACCUACUGGGAUCCCACAUGAGAACCUCUUUGUUAAAACCAAGGAUGGAGUCCGACUCAAUUUGAUUCUCUUGAGAUACACUGGAGAUAAUGCAUCAUAUUCACCAACCAUAAUUUAUUUCCAUGGAAAUGCAGGUAAUAUUGGUCAUAGGAUCCAAAAUGCCCUGUUGAUGAUGGUUAAUCUGAAAGUUAAUGUAUUACUUGUAGAUUAUAGAGGAUAUGGAAGGAGUGAAGGGGAACCGAGUGAAAACGGCCUUUACUUGGAUUCAGAGGCUGUAUUAGACUAUGUCAUGACUAGACCAGAUCUUGAUAAAACAAAAAUAAUUUUAUUUGGUCGCUCCUUGGGUGGAGCAGUGGCUAUUCAUCUGGCCUCAGAGAACCCACAUCGUAUUUUUGCAAUAGUUGUUGAGAACACAUUCCUCAGCAUCCCACAUAUGGCCAGCACUUUGUUCUCCUUCUUUCCCAUGAGAUAUCUACCACUCUGGUGCUACAAGAACAAAUUUCUGUCCUGUAACAAGAUUGCACAGUGCAGAAUGCCUUCUCUUUUAAUUUCUGGAUUGUCAGACCAGUUAAUUCCACCAGUUAUGAUGAAGCAACUGUGUGAACUGUCUACAUCACGGACUAAAAGAUUAGUCAUAUUUCCAGAUGGAACUCACAAUGACACUUGGCAGUGCCAAGGCUACUUUGCUGCUCUUGAGCAAUUCAUCAAAGAGUUAUUAAAAAGCAAUUCACAUGAGGAAAUAAAAACCACAUCUAAUGUAACAAUAAUAUAACUUUCUUCUGUAUUUGUGUAACUUUUAAAUCUGUAAACAAGUGAAAGGUGAAUGUUAACUUGCAAAGUCCUUAUUUGCUACUUGAUCGCCAAUUGUUGAACAUUUUUACCUGUUUUAAUGCAUGGGAAAAGUAUACUAUGUUUCAUAAUGAGCUUUGGUGAUCUGAUCAGCUGAGUUCAGUACUGUAAAGUAAAAUUUAUUUCUUUUUUAUGUGCAGUGUAUGUGAACAAUCGUUAAUUUAACAAUAUCUCCUGAAUCCACAUUCUGUUUAAAUUUUCUGUGUAAGAGUUGAAUGUUGCAAUUAAGUCCCAUUACAUAUGUCAGAGUUGUCAAUAUAGCACGCACAUUGUAGUUUUCAGUUGUAGAAAAUAAUUGCACGUAGACCACAAGCUGUUAACUUCCGGCCAGUUUAUCUUGAUCGUUCAUAGAAUAAUUUCAUUUUGGGGCAUUAUUUUGAUGAAAUAAAAACUAUGAAUCAUUAUAAAAUAUUGAGAAUUACAGAAUUGAUUAUGCAUUUUGAAAUGUUAUUUUUCAUAAACUAUUUUACUGAUUUUGCUUUUCUUUAAUGAACGAUUGGCCUAUAUUCCAGGUCCUCUGCUUUAAACCUCAUUUAAAAUCUGGCAUCUGGAGCUGUUGUUAAAUUUAACUAUCUAAUGUUAAUAGUUUGAAAAGUUAAUUUCUCUCUUGAAUAGGCUAAAUUGGUAUGGAUUAUUCUGGAACUAUAUUGACAGAUUACUGAUACAGUUUGAGGAAAAAAAACAUGACCAGUGAGAUACACAAUUAUGCAUAAAUAAUAACUUGACAAAAAGCCGUUUUCUGUGUACUUGUUAUUGUAAGGUAUAUUCACUGUAUUAGACUUAGAUGCAGACUUAAUUGAUAUGCCUUUAAGCCAUCUGUUUGUUUUAACUUUUGAAUUAGUUCUGACAUUUACAAUAUAAAGUGUCAUUUUUUUCCCUUGUUUCUAAUUCCACAAAUUUGUGGUGUUUAUAAUCAGCUACUCAUUUCCUUCACCAAAAUCCUACAAUAGCCACAAAGGGCUUCAUUACAUAGAACCAAAGUACUAAGUACUGUGCUAUUUUUAUACAUUAAUGGCUUCAUUGAAACACUCAACCUUCUAAGAUAUUAAAUCCAGGACCUCUAGUUCAAAACUGCUGUUCCACAAACCUCUGUUUAAAAAAAAAAGUAUUAUACAGCCAAAUUGUGUGUUUUUAAAUGUAUUACAUCUGGAAAUUUACAAAAAGAGGAUGAAAUCUUCUAUUUUGUGUACCAAUUCCAGUGAAAUGAUGUUCAUUUGUGCAAAAAUACUGUAAUGUGCAAAGUUUCUUGUCUGAAAAAAAAAUGCAAGUGAGAAUUUCAGUCACAGCUUUGAUAACACAUGAACAUUCAAUUGUCAAGUUUGUCUAUUUUAAAGGGUGAGUUUUUUGAUGCUACAGUUAUCAAAUAAAGACUUUGACCCUUACUUGUUUCCUACUCUGGGUAAAGUACCUUUAAGUCAAAUGCAUAAUAAGCAUAAGUUGUGAAAAACUUUCCUGUUAAGGAGAGUCUUUUGGAAUGUGUGUUUGGUGCUGUCUAGUGACAAAUGAGGCAUGGCUUUAUGUUCAUUUUUGUUGUAAUAAUUGUGUUUAAAAUGUACAUUGUUUUUACAUCUGUAUCUGUGUAACUGAUGGUCAUCAAGCUCUAAAUGAUGUGAAUUAGAAAACCUUAUGAGAUACAACAUUUUUAUUGUCGAUUAGAAGUUUAACCUGCAUUGUGCAAUAAUGUCCCUCAGACUUCUGAUCAGUUUAAAAAAUGUUGUGUUCAGUGAUUUGAAGCCAUUUCUCUAACUUGAAAUGGCUAUUCUCAUUCAACAGAAUUCAAAAGGCACCAACUCAUUUUUAGUCAGUAACUACCGUGUUGCUAUAUCUAAAUGAUUUCUCAUUAAUAUAUGCAAUGCAGGAUACAAAAUACAACUCACUUUGAAAAUGUCAGAAUGGUUCCUGUAGUUCUGCAAAAGUUUGUUUUUUGUCAAAAUAAUAGAUAUUUGUUUCAACUGAUGCUCAUAACUGUUCUCAAGCUUUCAGUUGGCCAGAUUUAUCAUUCAUAUUUCCUUGUCUCUGUCCUGCUAAGACACAUUUCUCUAUUCUUUAAAAGUGCACAAAAAAUUGUUGAUCAUGGCAAUAACAUCUUUAUUGUAGUAUGGAAUCAAAAGAAAUGGAUUAUUUGUGAAGUUUAGGAAAGCUUGGAACUUAUGCUUUUACGUGCCUAAUUCUUGGCAUAGUCUGUAUUACAAAAUUUUCUGAUC